AUGAAUUUGCCGCCAAUAAACACAAAGUUUCAUCUAAAUAAUCAUAGUGAUGUUUUCAUGGAAAAUAAUGAUUCUUCUGUAUCAAUUAUAGAAACACCCACAAACCUUAUUGGGUCGACAUCAAUUGUAAACACAACAGGAUCUACUGCAGCCCCGAGUAAUAACGUGUCAAAAAAAUAUCCUUUAUAUAUUGUAAUAAAUGAAUACCAAAAAAGAAUGGACGAUGAGCUAGAUAUGAAGUCUGGUGAUAAAAUACAAGUCAUAUUAGAUGAUGAAGAAUAUAAUGAUGGUUGGUACUAUGGAAAAAAUUUAAGAACAGGGCUUGAGGGCUUAUAUCCUAAAUGCUUUACGCAGGAAAUCACAAUAAAACGUGGUUCUUCCCUGGCAAGAAAUAAGUCUACUAGAAGGGUAGUAAGCCCUAGCGUCAUUAGUAAUACCAGUAAUAAUAAUAACAGUAAUAAUGUUGGCAACAAUAGUUUAAUUAAUAUAUCACAGAGCUCUUUAAACUCUUCCACGGAUUAUUUAUCUACGCCACAGCCAUUAGAGACUGCUAAUACUGCUGUAAAUAGAAGUUUUUCUCUAAAUACUAAACCCAUGAAACUGAGCGGUAAUAAUGCCACCGCUGCGAAUGGUGAUUUAAUGACUGACAACAGAAAACUAGGACGUAAUUUGAUAAUUAACAGUACAAUGUCAGAUAUCGAUAAUGCUUUGAAAGAACUGCAACUUGAUGUGUCAAUGGAUUCAGAUCAUAUUAAUAAUACUGAGAGUCAGAUAAGCCGUAGUAUUGGUAGUAAUAACAAUAAUAAAAAUAAUAUUGAGCAUAAAGCUGAUACGAACAACAACAACAAUAAUAAUACUAAUACUAAUAAUAAUACUAAUACUAAUACUAAUACUAAUACUAAUACUAAUACUAAUACUAAUACUAAUACUAAUAACAAUAACAAUAACAAUAGCAAUAAUAAUAAUAUUACAAUAGAUUCGUUUAGUGAUACUAGUAUAGAAAACCUAAAUCUUUCGCUAAAUAGAUCAACAACCUCUCUGGAUUUUAGUGGAAAUACUAAUAUUAAUAAGAACAAUAAAAGUUUGGCAAAUAAUAAAAAUAGUGACAACAUUAAAACGUAUACCGUUUCUAGUACAAAUUCAGAAAAUUUGAAUGAAACCGAUGCAUUGAGUUGGACACCAGGUGAUGUUACUGCUUACUUCAUUUCUCAUGCAUUCGAUUUGGAAGUUUCACAUAAAUUUUCACAGAAUAAAAUUUCAGGUAAAUCGUUGUUAGAAUUAGAUUUAUCUUCAUUAAAGGAAUUGGGGAUUAAUUCAUUUGGAACUAGGUUCAAACUAUAUAACGAAAUUCAGCAUAUUAGAGAAAUAGCUUAUGGUCCCAAAGCAUUGCAUAAGAAUACUAUGAGUAAGGCCAGCACUAGUGCUAAGGAUGAAAAACACACUUUAUUUUCCGCUUCUAAUGCGAAACUAAAUACAGAUACUAACAUUCUGGAUAAAGAUUUGGGGUUGAUGCCUGCUGCUUCUAUAAAUAAUAAUAAUAGUAAUAAUAAUAGUAGUAACUUUGAUGAUACGAAUGUUGAUAAUAAAAAUAGCAAUACCCAUUCAUAUCAUAAACAUAUUUUUAAAGAACCACAAUCAUCAGAGGCCUCUUCACCUAAAUUUUCCAUGGCUACAUCGAGUAAAAGCACAGUCUAUAAUAAUAUUAAUGACGGAAAUAAUUUAAAAAGAGCCUCCAAACCCAUUUCACUUAAUAUUUCUUCCCCUCAAAGGGAAAUCAUUGGUGAUGAAUCUGUACUGAAAGUUAAAGCAUCGGAUUUCUUAUCUCCGCGUAAAGCACCUCAACCUCCAUCGUAUCCAAGUCCAGUACAACCACCUAAAUCACCAGAAUAUCUGUUUUCCAGUAGGUUCCAAAGCGGUGAUGUUAACAAUAUUAAUGAUAGAGCAGCAAAAACUCCAUCACCGACCAUUUUAAAGCGCAAUAAUAGUAACAUAAGAAAAGACGUAGACGUUAAAAGCAUACAUGAGUUAGACAGACCGACUGGUCCACCACUUCUAUUAAACUCAAAUAAUAAACUAAACAUGAGUAGUGCCAUUAGUGGUACUAAUAGUAGUAGUAGUAGUAGUAGAAGAGGAAGUAAUAGCUCACAUCCCUAUAGAAAUAAUACUAUUAGCUCUCCAAAUCUUCAGCAAGAUAUAACUGGGUUUACUAAUACCAACGGUAAUAACAAAUUAGUUACCCCCGUUACUGCUGGUUUUCAAUUCCCAAAAAAACAAAGCAAGCAAUAUGGUCAUAAUAGUGCAAAUCCCUAUCACCAUCGUAACCUUAAUAAUAAUAAUAACGAUGGUGCUAUUAGUAAUGGUAGUAGUGGUACGGCUACUAAUAACAAUAGUAUCAAUAAAUUGUAUACACCAAAAAAAUCAACUAGUACUCUUUCACAAAAUAAUAGCAAUUAUAUUGAAGAUAAUGUUGGAAGUGGUGGUACCCCUAGCGACAAUUUACAUGAUUCUUUUGAUGAUUUAUACACAAAGAUCGCUAAUUUAUCAGAAACACCGCGUUUAGAUAUGCCCCCAUCUAUUUUCAAUGUAAAAAGAACUAUUAGUAAUAGUAGUACUGCUUCAGAUUAUGGCGUUAGUAGGCCUGCAUCGAGUAUCUAUCCUAUUUCGGUUAAUGGAAAUGUUUCUACCACGCAUAAUAAUGGUACUGGAAGAUAUAAAUCGCAUUCGAGACAAUCUAGUUAUCAACGAUCUAGAAGGGCAAGCUUGUCUAAUUUAACUCCCUUUGACCCUAAUAUUACUAAUGGAGAGCUUAAUUCCAGUGCCAGACAUAAAAGAAAUUCAUCGUUGUUUUCAUUAAAAAAUGUUAUUAGCAAGCUUGACGAUGUGACUGGUGGUGGCAGUGAAAAAUCAACAGUCGUGACUACUAAUGGUGCGACACCGACAAAUGAAAAGAAAAGAAGAAGUUCGUUUAUUUCGCCUUUCAAUCAUCCAAUAAUCAACAAUAAAGGCAACAAUGAUGAUAAGCUUGCCAUUGCGGUUGCCUCACCAAAAAGACACAGUUUAUUGUUUCAUGGUGAUUCGUCAGCUGUGAGCUUUACCUCUCCAUUCAAAAGUAAGCAAGAGAAAAGGAGAUCGAUGAGCGCGCCUGAGAGUAAAGAAGCUUUGUUUUUUGACACUUCUAGUGCCUUGCCGAAUGAUUCGCCGGCUAAAUCGUUAACGGAUGCUACUUCCAAUUCACAUGUGCCAAAUAAAAAGAAAAGUCCUGCGAAAAGUCCUGUUACAAAUAUUAAAAAGAAGCACUCUAAAUCACACAAUAGAGGUAACGUGAACUAUUAUUCUGGAAAUAAUAACAUUGAUGGUAGAGAUAUUGGUAGAGUUUCUGAAGAUAAAGUAGAAAGAGACAAUGCCAUUUUUAAUCAACCCACAAACAUUGAUUUGAGUAAAAAAAAAUCCAAAAAAAAUACUUCUGCUUUUCAAGAAGGUAUAAGGGCUAUUAACAUGAAGGAAGCCAUUAAGAAUGCUGAUUGCUAUGGCUGGAUGGGGAAGAAAGGUGCGGGCACAAUGGGUGUUUGGAAAAAUAGAUUUUUUACACUACAUGGCACCAGAUUGUCGUAUUUUACGAGCACUAACGACACCAAGGAGCGCGGGUUGAUUGAUAUUACGGCACACAGAGUUUUACCUGCAAGAGAUGAUGAUAGGUUUGUAUCUUUGUAUGCUGCCAGUACAGGUAAGGGUCGUUACUGUUUUAAAUUAGUUCCGCCCCAACCUGGUUCUAAAAAGGGACUAACUUUUACACAACAAAGAUUGCAUUAUUUUGCUGUUGAAAAUAAAGACGAAAUGAGAAAAUGGAUGAGUUCAUUGAUUAAGGCUACUAUUGAUAUUGAUACUUCUGUCCCAAUUAUUAGUUCAUGUGUUACUCCAACAGUUUCUCUAACACAAGCGAAAGAAAUGUUAAAACAGGCAAGAAUUGAAGCAAACCAAAGAGAGGAAGAGUCUAAGAAAUAUGGAGAUGAUUUAAAUAGCCGCUCAAAUUGGGAAGAACAGCAAAAGAUAGUCACGCCUUAUUUGAAACAGAGCAGUAGUAAUAAUAGCGAUAGUAAUAGUAAUAAUAAUAGCAGUAAUCUUGUGCAAAGUGGUUUCGGUGAAAAUUCGCGAACGCCUGUUUCUAAUGGGCUCAGUAGUCCAUAUCUGAUGGUUUCUGGUGGUAUUUCAGGGUCACCUAACAAAACAGCACGUAGUGUCAACAAUAGUGAUAUGCAAAGUAGUACUAACAGUGCUAGUUUUCCAAUUGAAAACUAUUCUAGUUCAUUAGACCCAAAAACCAAGGAUAAUAAGAUUUAA